AUGAUCAAGAGAACGAGCGCGCAAGAGAGACGCUUGUCCUCCGGUUACGCUCAUGAGCAUGCGCGUUGUCAUCAGGCUGCCUCUCCUUACUCCUUCACUGCAGACACCGUCGUCGAGUCCUUGUCAACACUAAGACAAGAAGUUCGUCUCCUCACGAGUGUUUGGAUCCCUUGUGUCGAUGCCAGCCAGCUCUCCUACGAGACAUGGUGGAAAGAGUACAUGUUUGCGAACAAGUGGGAGACGGAGUGCUUUGGUUAUGAGCUGACUGUUGAUAAGGCCUGUUAUCAUCAGCGGCCCGACCUUGAGCUGCUGGAGAAGAUGUUUGGAGAGGAAAGGACUUGCUCUCCUGACAAAAGAAAAAAGAGGAGAGAAGACAUGAAGCUGAAGGAUUUUCUCAAGGAAUGGAAGGAGGUAGCUUCUGCCCAAGGCUGCGCUGCUAGCUGUUCUUCGGAGGACCAAGAUAGCAGGGGACGGUCGCCGGCCGAUGAGCUCGGCGAUCUGAGACAAGCACACGGGCAGGUGUGUGGAGGUCUACAAGGGCUGAAGCUCCCCUACUGCAAGGACUGGCACAUGGCCCGCCUGCACCGGGCAGCAACGGACGUGUUGCGGUCCUACAGCUGGUCCGCCAACAUCGUCGGGCGGAAACUUUGGAUCCUCUAUUCCCCGUCGCAGGAGGAGUUUCUGAAGAACAGGAGGGGGGACUUGGUAUGGGACGUGCUCAACGACGUUGAUCGCAACGAGUUCCCUCAGUUCGACAAGGCGCAAGCGAUCUACGUGGUGCAGCGAGCUGGAGAGGCAAUCUUCGUGCCGAGCGGGUGGCUGCAUCAGGUUGUCAAUCUCGUAGAUUGUCUUUCGAUCAACCACAACUGGAUCAACUCCUGCAACAUCCAAGAGGCGACUCGUCAAAUGAUCAUCGACCAUCAGCUAGUCAAAGCCAGCAUCAGCGAUUGCUCGCAUGAUGUAGAGUUCCCGUCGAUCUGUGAGAGGAUGCUAAAUGCUCAUGCAGGGAUGAACUUUCAACAAUAUCAUCACUUUCUGUCUCACACAGCUUCCAACGAGCUUGCGAGCUUGCAAUCAGGUUCCUCCAGCAGCCAUGAAGACGACUUGGCGCUCCUGCUCAGGUUGACGAGGCUCAAGGAUGCUGUGGAUGCGAUCGAGGAGGAGGAGCAUGUUCCCCUCCUUGCCGCCAGCGGCUGCUUGCCCAGGACCAGGCACGACGAGGACGGCGGGGUAUGCAGGAGCUUGGAGGAGGCGAUCGGGUCGCUGAGGACGAGGCUGAGGCUGCUCUGA